CGCUUCUUUUUGUCAAGAUGGCGGCGCCCAGCGCGUUGAAAUGCUGUCGAAACCUUCCUCUCGUUGUUGUCUUAGGCGCAACUGGCACGGGAAAGUCCAAGUUGGCCAUAGAAAUAGCUUCCAGAUUCAAUGGAGAAAUAAUAAGUGCCGAUUCUAUGCAGAUUUACAAGUCACUAGACAUCAUCACGAACAAGGUCACGCAAGCGGAAAGGGAGGCUGCGCCGCAUCACUUGCUCGAUUUUUUGGAUCCUCUCUUGAACUUCACCGUGGCCGACUUUCAAAGCAAGGCUCUCGGAGUUAUCAACAACUUGGCCAACAGUAACAAGCUGCCCAUCAUCGUCGGUGGCACCAACUACUAUAUCGAAUCGCUUUUGUGGAAGAUUCUUGUGCGACCUGAGAAAGAACCUGACGACCAGCUCACCUUCGACAGCAAUCGUGUUUUGCUCAGAGAUGUCAUCAGCUCAUUCCUGAAAAGCAAAGCUGACGUCGACUGUGAAACCAACACUGCUGCGACUGCACUGCUCAGUGAUGUCCCCGAUGAUGCCAGCCUGGGGGACGUCUGUACAGAGCGCUUGUACAAGUGCCUCGAGAUGGUAGAUCCGGAGCGAGCUGUGAGGCUUCACCCAAAGGAUCGGCGGAAAAUUGAACGGAGCCUUCAGGUCUUCCAAGUCCAUGGUCGGCCGCACAGCGAUAUUAUUGAAGAGCAACGGCAGAUGAAAGGGGGCAGCUCUCUCGGUGGACCACUGCGGUUCCAGCGGCCGUGCGUGUUGUGGCUUCAGUGUGACCAGAACGUGCUGGACAAGAGGCUGGAUGCCCGUGUCGACGAUAUGAUUGCUGCUGGCCUGAUCAAAGAGAUGGAGGAGUUUCAUGAGCGAUAUAACAAGCAUCGCAUAGACCACAAUCUGGAAGCUGACUACACGAAAGGCAUCUUUCAGUCAAUUGGGUUCAAGGAGUUCCACCGGUAUCUCCUCAUGAACAGUGAAGAGAAGGCUUCUCCGAAAGGACAAAAGGAAUUUGCUCAAGGAUUGUGGCUCAUGAAGCAAGUGACAAAGCGGUAUUCCAGGAAGCAGAAAAGGUGGAUUACACAGAGGUUCUUAAGAACGCCGGAUCGACAGGUGCCACCUGUGUACAGCCUGGAUGCGACAGACGUCUCGUGUUGGGACACAUGUGCCAGGGACAAGAGCUUCGAGAUCGUCAGAGACUUUCUGGAGGGCCGAGAGCCUAGCCACAAGCCAAUCCCUCUGCUUGACGGCAACAACAACCAACAGCAGCUGUUCACUUGUGACAUCUGCAACGUGUCAACUAUCGGCAACAUCACAUGGCAAGCUCACAUGAAGUCAAAGAAGCACCUUGCAUUAGCAAAGAAGCAGAAAGAGAGGCAAGCUGACGGAGACAGGAACGGUUGGGCGAAUGCAGAACCGUCACAUGUGGAAGCUGCGCUGAUUCAGUGUCUGAUUUCAAGAAACCAAUAGCACUGUCAAACUCUGCCAGAAUAGUUAGCGCGGUAACACGUGUUUGCAAGCUCCGCCCCCAUAACUUUUCUUUCAUUGUCGCAGAAAGUUGUUAGUGCUGCUGCCGUUGCACUUUCUCGAUAUUGAAGACAUACAUGGCCCACGUGGGAAGAGUUGGAAGGUCUCCAGAGACUCGCAGCGAGUUUGGCUUCAAAAGCGACGCAGGCAAGCGGACGCACCAAGGGGCAGUGCUCCGGCUUCCGCUGCUGGCAUGAGCUUUGUGCCCGCAGCACACCGUGGCGCAUUCACUUGUUCCAUAUUCUUUCACUGUGCACCGGUUCGAGCGGAACGGAUAUUAUAAACGUCAAGUUAUAUCGAUCUAAUCCUUUCACUAGGCGGUCGCAAACCUCGCCGUUUUUUUUGCCUCGGUCCCAUCUUGUGCACCAUCAAGGUGCGACAAACACUGCUGUCGGCAUUCCUCAUGUUCCAGCAUUCUGAGGUGCCUGGUACGUGCCAGGGCGCUGUUCCUCCUGCACAACAGCAGUUGUAUUGCGUGUUGCAUCGUGCCAUGCUGCCCGAUUGUUAGGGCACCGUGAGAGGAGCUUUUUUUUUUCCCCGCAAGCAGGCUGUUUUCUGGAAGCUUCCUUUUCGUGACCCGCUUUCAGUGCUACGACACCACUGUUACUGCCUCUCCCCCCUCCUUCCUGCCUUUUUAUUGCGCAGCAUUACAAUUACUGCAAAAGUAGCCAACGUGCACCAGUGAUGCAUAAUUACAUGGUGAUUGCACCAUAGUACACAUGGACUACUAAUAAACUAAUGCCAGCUAAAACCAAGAGUGCCUGAUAAACGUGGAGCCAAAGAUUACGUAGAAGACAACGAAUGCUGAUAUAUUUCAGGAGUCUAAGGGAAAAAGUUUUUAAUUUUCACAGGCAACAUCCGGCAUGUCAUAUAAUGUAGGACUUUAAAUUGCAAAAAUCUAGUUGGUGUUUACAUAAGUUGCAAGAAAAGAUCUUAUUUUCUAGUUUAUGAGGCAAAUGUAGACUCCUGGCAGCAGACGUUCGUUUUUAGUUCAACUCUGCGCUCCACUUAGCACGUCUACAUUUCCUGGUUCAGUGUUGAAGUUCUGGUAUUGGCUUUCGAGUAGGAAAGACUUCAGAAUCUUUUCUGUCGAGCCUCGGCAACUGCUGGGCGAGCUCAGUUCCGAACAACUGGCCGAUGUUGGUGCGUCUUUCAAACCACAACUGUUCUAGACAUCGUCAAAGUGCCCAUUUCUGCACGCCACACGAGCGGCAGACCUUUUGAAGUGCACUUUAGAGCAGUCCGCCUUUUUCAUUUUCCUGUGCUGCCCCAUGCCGAUGGAAACGGUUCAGACGGGUGCUGGGGCUUUCGCUGGUUGAUUUGUGUACUUGUGCCCAUGUUAACCCUUUCAAGGUCGAUUUUUUUUUAUUGCGGAUUCCAAUUCUCCUGAGGGACCUAUUUGAAAAAAAAAUUACCAUGAUUCUUUUAGGGUGACCGUAAAGUGAGAAAAAAAUAUUUUGCGUUGGUACUAUAUAUGUACUCUUUAUUUAUGAAUAACAAUAAAAGAAAGGAAAUAAACUUGUAAGAAUUAAAAAUUUGA